GCAAAAUGUAGCAUUGAGUGAACUCUACUGGCUGUGUGGCCCCAGAACUUGAAACCCUGGCCCCACUGCGGUCAGGUAUCCUGCCCGCCCAGGCGACGACAUCAUACCAUGCCUUGUAGCCAUUGACCGCUAACGUUCAGAGCAAAGUGUCGACAAGCAACUUGAACCUUUAUAUCGAUGGAAACGUCUAGUUCCUUCCAAUCGGCAACGUGGCCUCUGUCGUUCCGGCUCAAACAGCCGAAACCAGGUGAGCACGAUGGCGACGGCCACGAGUCUAAGCAGCAAUGGUGGAGCUACGAGCUGUAUCGCGGUCCGCGAAACCGGAAACCCAAAGUCCUGUAUGCAAGGUCCAGAGCUGAGUCAGAAGAGAUCGCGGAGGGAUUCAGCCAAGAGCAGGUCUUGGGGUUUGACAUGGAGUGGCCAUCUUACGACGCGGCCAACAGCAACGGAGGAAGGCUACAAGACAAGAUCGGGGUCAUCGCCAUAGCAUGCGAGGACAAGAUCGCCCUAUUCCAUCUCGGUGCAUAUGCUGGAAGGUCUCCCGAUGACUUCAUUGGACCUGUACUGCGAGCGAUUAUCGAGUCUCCAGCUAUCAUCAAAGCUGGAGUAAACAUCCUCGCCGCGGACUUUAGAAGGCUUAAAGACCAUUUUUACUUGCGACCACAGGGCGCGAUGGAGCUGAGCCACCUGCACAGCCUCGUUACACAUGGGACAAGCGGUGAGUUCAAUUUGUGCACCACGAAACUCUGCGCCCUGGGCGAGCAGGUGCGGGUGCACUUGGGUCUGCCAUUGAAGAAGAGCAGUGUCCGGACGAGCAAUUGGAGCCAGAAGAAGCAGCUUAGCCGGGAGCAAAAGUCAUACGCAGCCUCCGAUGCAUAUGCCGGGCUCAUGUUAUAUCACUAUCUCGAUCAUUUGAGGCUGUCGAUGGAGCCUCAGCCACCACCGCCGCUAUACGCAGAGAGGUAUCGGUCGAUUGAUCUACCGGGCAGAGGGACGGCACUCCUGCUACAGCUCGAUAUUCCUCAAAGUCGAACGAACUUGAAGGUCAUCCGGGCGGCAGACUUUUUGGAAGGACGACGUGACGCUACAUAUGCAGCUGAAAUUGCCCCACAGAGCCCGGAUUGCCAAGGAAGCCAGAGAAUAUCGUCACCUGCUCCACCGGGCCAAGAGAUUGGAAAUCCCACUUCGAGACGCGGAAACUCUGGCCAUCCUGCACGAACGAGCCGCAAGACGAAGACGCCAAAGAAACAGCCCAACUCAUUACUCCAUAAGCUCAAGGCUCACCGGGACAGAAUUGCGAAGCAUCGGCGGCUGGACAAAUGGAAGAUCAUCCACAACUCGGCGCUGGAGCUCAUCGCGAAACACCGCCCCGAGAACGAGAUGGCAUUGAUGCAGCUCAAGGGCGUCGGGCCACAAACGGUGAAGAAGUACGGGGCUGCGAUAUUGAACCUUGUUGCUAUCCACGUUGAGCAGGAGAAAAGCCCCAGCGAAGUCGAUGACUCGAUCGGCGAGAUCCCCUCCAGCGACCUUGACAGCGACGGGGCUGUAUCGCGUGUCAAUGGACCAGGUGAUCAGCGGGAAGCAGGCAGACAAUCAAGCCCAGACUCCGGGACGUCGGGAACACGCCCCGUCCAGCAAAGUCUCGUCGGGCGUGGCAGCGGGUCGCAUCCUAUCGAGCUUGGCGGUUCAACCGAUGCAGACUCUGCCGAGGCCUCAUCUGAGCGAGCGCUUAAGAGACAACACAUUUCUACCGGACCGCGCCACGGUCUGCUGAAGUACUUCAGAGUGAACAAAGACGCCAGGGCGGAAAAUGUCAGUCGCAAGCCAUGAGGUUGGGUGGUAUUGCAUCACGACAGGUGACGAGCGACAGAUGAUCAUGGCGUUUCCGAGCGGCGUCUUCCUGAGGGAAAGAGGCUCUACAAACAAGCUCCCAAUGCGACGUGAACAAGACGCCAGGCAGCGUCAAUCAGCCUAGUUUCCGCGCGAAGAAUGAAAUAAAAGAGAAAAACCUAAAAGAUGGGAGAAUAUCCAUGUCAGCACUAGGCUCCUUCCGAACAUAAUAAGCA